AUGGAUAUCCACCGCUGCCGUUUCGUCCCCUACAACCCGCAAGCGAUCAAUGCGCUCGCCUUCUCGCAUCCUCCCUCCGCGGAACUCGCCGGACGAGGUGUCCCUACCCUUCGACUCGCGAUCGGUCGCGCGAACGGCGACAUCGAGAUCUGGAACCCCCUGCGCGGCGCCUGGUUCCAAGAGACGGUUCUCCGCGGCGGCAAGGACCGCAGCAUCGAGGGCCUCGUCUGGACGCUCGAUCCCCAGGACGCGGCGGCCGACGGGUCCAAGAUCCCCGGCAAAUUGCGCCUGUUCAGCAUCGGUUACUCGACUGCCGUGACCGAGUGGGACGUCGAGAAGGGCAAGCCCCUGCGGCACUCGAGCGGCAACUACGGCGAGAUCUGGUGUCUGGCGGCCCAGCCGCGCUGGCAGCCCACGCAGCGCGGGAAGGACGGCAAGUGGUUGCCCCCUGCUGAGGGCGAGUUCACGGGCCAGCAUCUGGCGGCUGGGUGUGCGGAUGGGUCGAUUGUGAUUAUGUCGACGGCGGAUGAGGAUCUGAAGUUCUUGCGGUUGAUGAGGCCGACGACGAAAAGGGCGCGUGUGCUAAGCGUUACCUUCCAGAACCGGAAUACCAUUGUGGCGGGUUACGCGGAUAGCUCGAUCCGACUGUAUGAUAUUCGGAAUGGUCAGCAGCUGCGCACCAUGUCGCUGGGUAAGGGCCCCACCGGGGGCACGAAGGAAUUGUUGGUUUGGUCCGUGAAGUGUCUGCCGGAUGGGACAAUUGUGUCUGGUGACUCGGCGGGUGAGAUUCGGUUCUGGGAUGGGAAGAACUACUCUCUCAUUCAGCGGUUGCAGGGUCAUCUGGCCGAUACGUUGGAUGUGGCUGUUAGCGCCAAGGGCGAUACUGUGAUCAGUGGAGGCGCGGAUCAGAGAACCGUGGUCUACAGGAAGAAGGAAGCAGAGAAGAAGGGCGACAAGAAGGCGAGAUGGGCCGAGGUGAUGCACCGACGGUACCAUACCCACGACGUGAAGACUUUUGCUGUCUACGAGACGAAGGACAUCAGUUUUGUGGUUUCGGGAGGUAAGCUCGGGCAACGAUAA